CCUAAUGUGUAUUGAUAUUUAUUUCACAGUUGAAUGCAGCACUAAAUAAUGAAUGCAGCGUACAAAUGAAAGGAAAUUAUGCUAAUAGAAAAAUACAAUCUGCAUAAUGUGUUUUUGUAGAAUCAAUUCUUACGCACAGCAUGCUUCCCGGAGUCUGCAGAUUGACCAUGUGAACAGAUCAGUGUUCCAUUUGGAGACCGUGUGAGUACGCUGAAGAUACAUUCCACUAAACUCGAUGUACAAAUCAUGGAAAAAACUUGCAUUUUCAUCCUGAUUCUAUUUCUGCGAUUGUCAAAAGAUAGAAUUCAAGCCACUCAAGCUUGCGAGAAUGUCAAAUACUCUCAUGUCAUGACGUUUGACAAUCGGCAGUUUUCAAGAUGGUUGUUGUGGACAAAAUCAUCAGUGAAUAGAAAUGAAUGUGGCACCUUCUGUCUCCAAGAGAAAACCUGCGUCACCUUUCAAGUGAACUCAGGAGGAUCAGUCUGUAGAGGCUACGCCGUCGCCUUUAACGAGAACUCCGAAAGCGAAUCAGCCCCGGGAUGUAUGCUGUAUGUAUCGGAGAAAGCUCAAGGCUUUAUUGGAUCUUCGUGUCAGAACAACGCAGACUGUUACGUGGCAAGCUCCGUCUGUGUCAACUCCGAGUGCAUGUGUGACCCCGGACUGGGGUUCUCACCUCAACACGAGUCUUGUGUUUCGAGUUGUACAGAGUACGGUCCUCAUUACACUACAAUACGUGGCUACUUUAUAAAGGCAAACAACAUGGCUACCUACACCGGGGUGACUGAACAACAGUGCAUGGACCACUGCACCAAUCACGUCGCCUUUGUCUGCGUGUCAGCUGAUAGGCGUGCCUCUGACGGGAGAUGUGACCUCACCACCCAAACUCUCAUGACUGUUGCCGCAUCAAACUACAGAAUAGAAACGGAUCGUACAAUUAUUGCCCACUUUUCCCGAGAUUGCAAAGCGUGAUCCGACCAUGUAAAACUACUCUCAGUUCCCUCUGUGAUUGUUUAAUUAAACCAUUAAUCAGGAGCAAUAGUCAACACUUUGUAGCUGACGAUACAAAAUACUCUCAAAAUACCCUCAAGUUCAAACAAGC